AUGAAUAAGCAAAUUGAUAUGAUAAAAUAUGGUGUAAAGAAGGAAGGGACUGUUUGGGAUGAAAAGGGAAAAAGUGAAAUAGCAAAGAUUUUUAUUUACAGCGGUGCUGAGUCCUAUUUUGUUAAUUCACUUCAAUUCUUGUUCGUUGUGGAUGGCCAAUUUGUUUUGUCUCGAUUACAUGGUGCUGACUACAACUAUUCUUGGAAUACAAACUUUAGUACAAUUGUGUUGGAUUAUCCAUCUGAAUUUCUUACUAGGAUACAAGGUACGUAUUAUUCUAAUGGGUUGAGAUCGAUAAAAUUUGUGACGAACAAAGGUGUUUAUGGACCCUAUGGAAGCGAUAAGAUCCAUCCAAAAGUCCAAUUCGAAGAGUUCAUUGUUCAUCUCGGAGAUGAUCGUUCUUUUGGUGGAUUUCAUGGCACCAAAAGAAAGACGCAUAUUGAGAGUAUUGGAAUCUAUAUGAAGCCUGUCACAUCCUCCAUGAUAACAAAUUCUUCAGUUGUGUUGGAUUAUCCAUCUGAAUUUCUUACUGGAAUACAAGGUACGUUUUAUCGUACUGGGUUGAGAUCGAUAAAAUUUGUGACGAAUAAAAAUGUUUAUGGACCCUAUGACAGCGAUAAGAUCAAUCCGAAAUUCCAAUACAAAGAGUUCAAUGUUCAUCUAGGAGAUGAUCGUUCUUUUGGUGGAUUUCAUGGCACCAAAAGUGAGAGUCAUAUUGAGAGCAUUGGAAUCUAUAUGAAGCCUGUCACAUCCUCUAUGAUAACAAAUUCUUCAGACAAAGUCCAAAAGUCCAAAAAGAAAACAAGAUAUUAA